CGGGCAAGCCGUGCGGGGCAGAGGAUGGCUGCUCCCCGAGGCUUCCCGCUGCUGGUCGAGGGGUCUUGGGGCCCUGACCCCCCGAAGAACUUGAACAUCAAGCUGCAGAUGUACUUCCAGAGCACGAAGAGAUCGGGCGGCGGGGAGUGCGAGGUCCACCCGGAGCCGGGGAGCCCGCCCCGAUUCCGGGUGCUCUUCUUCCCCGAGGACGUUCGGCAGAGGGUUCUGGAGAGACAGAUUCAUGAGUUAACAUGGCCAGGACAAGGACCAUUCCAGCUAACACUCUCCUUGCCUGAGGAGAAGCUCCAUAAUGGCUCUGAAAAGAAGAUUCCAACAAAGGAUUCCAAUUCCAAAGAAGCCGCCCAAGGACCAGAUGUUUCAGAGGAACUUGAUUCUCCCACUGAAAGAUCAGGAAACUUCCAGAAAGAACAUGAAAAUGUUUCCUCUUUGGUGGCAUUUGAAAAUCUCAAGGCAAAUGUUUCUGAUGUGAUGAUAACCUUAUUAGUGGAGAAUGUAAGUGGCCUGAGCAGUGAUGACUUCCAAGUGGAGAUAAUACGGGAUUCUGAUGUCGCUGUGGUAACCUUCCUGAAACAUAUAGAUGCCAAGAAGUUCGUGGACGAUUGUUCCAGGUACCAGACAGUCAAACAGCUUGAACUUUCUCCAAGACUUCUGGAAGCAACAACAACCAUCAGGGUUGAAAACUUGCCACCUGGUGUUGAUGAAGACAGUUUAAAACAUUUCUUUGAAAAUCCUUUUAAUGGAGGGGGGAGAGUUGACAAUAUUGAAUGUUUUCCUGAAGAGAGUUCAGCUCUGAUUAAGUUUUCUGACCGAAAAGUGUUUGACACCAUCAUGAACAAAAGACUGAAUUUCCACAAGAUGCCUCUGUCUGUGUUCCCAUACUAUCCCUCUCUGGGCAUCGCCUUGUAUGGAAAUGAAAUGCCUUUGGUCAAGCUUCCAGCAUCAUUCAGAGAGUCCCUGGAGCUUCCCUUAUGGAGGUUCUUUCAGAAGAACAGACACCUGAUUGAGGAGGUAAACAAUAAAAUGAGGCAGUGUCACUGUGAGCUCACGUGGUCCCAACCCGAUUGUCAAGUCAUCAUCUGGCCGGCUGCCUCCUUAGUCAAUCAAGGCCGAAAGGGUAUCAGGAACUGGCAGAAAGAUGCCUCCACAGAACUCUCUGGGAUCAGGUUGAAAUACAAAGUCUCUACUUUUAAAGUAAAUCAGCGAGUGUGGGAUGCUGUCCCCAAAAAUGACUUGAAACACGAUAAGAUUCUAAUUGAGUUUGAUGCACUGAAGGAGGUCAUCACCUUAGCAGGGAAAUUGGAGGAUGUCCAAACCAUCGAGCCCCAAAUUAAGGAAUUGGUAGACAACACCAUGCAAAAAGUAAAAAGGGAAGAGGAAAAAGUGGAGGAGGCAUUGUCCGUUUCUCCAGAAAAUUAUUUCCUCCUGUGUCACAGCGGCGUGCCGGAGCAGGCGUGUAAGGACUGUCCAGAUCUGGAGGUGAGUUAUAACAAGAGCCGUCAACAGGUGACCUUGAGAGGACCCCCCGCAGAAGUGUAUAAAACCAAGUGUGACUUCCAAGAGAAAGUGUUCUCCAUGAGUCAUAAAAACAUUAAGAUUCCUAUGGAGAUCUUGCAUUUUUUGCAACAGGUCGACUACAAAAACUUCUCUAAGUCUCUUUUUGUAGCUCAGAAACUUCUUGCUGUUUAUAGACUUGAGGGGACCACUGUUCUGUUAACCGGCAGUUCUUCUCAAGUCCUGUUACAAGCCGAAAAGCAUCUGUUCAGUGCUUUGAGUUAUAAGUACAUUGACCUUGAGAACCAGGAGUUCCUCAAAGACAAGAAAUGGCAAGAGUUCACUUGCAAUCUGCAGAAGAAACAUAAUUCCUCCUCAUGCACUUUCUUCAUCAAGGAGUUCCUGAUGGAAACCCCAGCCAAGGUCCUCCUGACAGGCUGUGUGAAAGCAGUCAAUGAAAUCCACCAGUUGCUUUUAGACUUCCUGGGAAAACACAUGAGAAUAGAGAGGCUGAUUGAAGCAAAGGAUUCUUUAGUUAUUGACUAUAUAAGGCUGGAAAAGAAGCCAUUGUGGUUGAGGAUCAAGAAGGAGAACACAGAAGUCACCUUCCCUUCUGACGCCAUGACAAAAGGCAUUUUACUAGUUGGCCCGAAGGCCAGAGUGCUGGAGGGAGUGACCAGCAUUCAGAAAAUUCUGGAUUCCAUCCAUGUGGAAAGUGUGUGCAUUGAUAAGCCAGGAGCCAGGCAGUUCUUCCAGGACAAGUCACGGUAUUGUAAAGGGGAGGUCAAACGGCAGUUUGGUUGUUUCAUUGAAUUACAGGAUGAUACAGUCAAGCAGAAGGACUGCACUGUGGGGCAGAAGUGCUACUUCCAGGUGGACCUGGCAGCUGGGGUCACAGUGAUCGUGCAGCAGUGUGACUUGUCCCGGCUUCCUGUUGAUGUGGCUGUGAAUGCAGCGAAUGAGAACCUCUGUCACUACGGUGGCCUGGCUGCUGCUAUCUCCAAAGCAGCUGGCCCCGAGCUCAAGGCAGACUGUGAGCAGAUAAUAAAGAAAUGUGGCAAGUUGUCACCUGGCAGUGCCGCCAUCUCAAAAGCAGGAAAGCUGCCCUGCCGCCACGUCAUCCACGCGAUUGGACCCCAGUGGAACAAGAAUGAUGGCCAGAGAUGUAUGGAUCUGUUAAAGAAUGCUGUGAAACAAAGUCUCCUUUUGGCAGAAAAACACGGAUGCCGAUCCAUAGCCAUCCCUGCUGUUAGUUCCGGGAUCUUUGGCUUUCCCAUACAGCAGUGCACGGAGACCAUUGUGAUGGCGAUCAAGGAAGACUUCCAAUCCAAGCAGCCUGGCGGUACCUUGAAGAAGAUUUACCUGGUGGACAUAGCCGAGCAGACCGUGCAGGCCUUUGCAGCAGCUGUGAAAACUCUCUUGCCAGGUACACAACCUGGUCCUGCUUCCCCACUCAGUUCAGCCACAGUGAUCCAGCCUCAGCAAACAUCACAACAACAGCCAAUGCUGGUGGCUCCAGGGGGCCUGAGGAUCCUGAUGGUGACAGGAGAGCUGCAGGAUGCUAAGACGGAUGCUGUUGUCAACUCCAUUCCCUCGAAUCUUCUUCUGGGCAGUGGGCCCCUUUCUCGAGCCCUCUUGGAAAGAGCAGGACCAGAGCUCCAGCAGCAAUUGAAAGCCACUCAGCUGAAGGAAUUUGCCGAAGUGGGUACGGUUCUCCAAACUGAUGGGUUCAAACUGCACUGCCGCCACGUGCUGCAUGUGGUAGCUCCACACUGGAAAGAUGGCAACCCAUCUUCGUACAAGACCAUGGAAAGCAUCAUCAGACGCUGCCUGGACAUCGCUGAGGACUGUGCCCUCACGUCAAUUACCUUUCCUGCCAUAGGAACAGGAAACUUGGAGUUUCCUAAAACUGUGUUUGCUAAAUUAAUCAUCUCAGAAGUACUCUCAUUCAGUACCCAGAGACAAUUGAAAACUUUACAAGAGGUUCACAUUAUGCUCUACCCAAAGGAUCAUGAGAACAUUGAGGCAUUUUCAGAUGAGUUUGAGAGAAGAGCGAAUGGCAAUCCCAUCAGUGGCAACUUACCCAAGUCUGCAGAUACACAAGGUUUAUAUGGGAGCAUUUCUAGCCCUAAUUUAGGAGUGUUUGAGAUGAAUAUUGGCCCUAUCACCUUCCAAGUGGCCUCUGGAGAUAUCACCAAAGAAGUGGCAGAUGUGAUUGUAAAUUCAACAUCAAAAACAUUUGAUCUCAAAUCAGGAGUCUCCAAAGCAAUUUUGGAAUGUGCAGGAAAAAAUGUGGAAAUGGAAUGUUCUCUCCAAGCUCAGCAGAGCAAACAAAAGUACAUAGUCACUCAAGGUGGGUUACUGAUGUGCAAGAAUAUCAUUCAUGUUGUUGGCGGAAAUGAUGUCAAGGAAUCGAUGUUCAAUAUUUUGGAAGAGUGUGAAAAAAGGAAUUAUUCAUCCGUUUGCCUCCCAGCCAUUGGGACAGGAAAGGCCCAGCAAGCCCCAGAUGCCGUUUCUGAAGCCAUCCUCAACGCUGUGGAGGACUUUGUUCUGAAAGGACUGGCCAAGUCUGUGAAGAAAGUUAAAGUGGUUGUCUUUCUGCCUGAAAUCCAGAAGGUGUUUUACGACAGCAUGAAAAAGAAGGAAGGCUCUCCGGCUCCUGCCCAGCAGUCUGUGAUAACUAAACUUGCAGAAUUUUUUGGCUUCUCAAAGAAGCCUCCCAAGAAAGAGAAAUGUUUGCUUUUGGAAAAGAAAACAGAAUCAACGAAUUUUCAGGUGUGUGGUGAAAAUGCAAGCGAUGUGAAAAAUGCUAUUUCCUGGCUGCAGAAUUUGAUUGAACAAGAGCAAGUCCGCCACAUCAGUACAGAGGAUUGUAUCAGAGAUUUUGAUGAAAAGGAGUAUGCAGAAUUGAAUGAGCUGCAGAAGAAGUUAAAUAUUACCAUUUCCCUGGACCCUAAGAUACCUGAAAUCCGGGUUUCAGGAUUAAGCAGAGAUGUAAUGCAGGCUAGGGAUGCGGUUGAGGGAAUGAUCAAGAGAGUGAGGUCAGCCAAGGAACAGGAUUCCCGGGCAGACUACCUGAGUGGACUCAUACAGUGGCAGUACAGUGACCAGAACACUGUCCAUCGUUUCGACAAAAUGACCAACCUGCAAUUGGAAGAUGCGAAGAAAGACAAGAAAACCACCAUCAUUGUCAAAAUUAAUGGUCGGGAUUACACAGUGCACUUGGAUAAACUCACCGCGGUAGACAAAAAUGGACACACAGUAAUGAUUGAGCGCCACAUAAAACCUGAAUCUGAGCUUCCUAAACACUGGAGCCCAAUGAAGCAGAACUUACUUGUGGUUGAGCUUCCCCAGAAUCAUGAAGAGUACAACUUAGUGGCAAGGGAUUUCAAUAAUACCUGCUCCCGGUUCACCAUAUUGAAGAUUGAGAGGAUACAGAAUACAGAUCUCUGGAACAGCUACCAGGCAAAGAAAAAAAUCAUGGAUGUUAAGAAUGGCCAGAUGGACAAUGAGAAGCGCCUCUUCCAUGGGACGGAUGUCAACUCCGUGCCGCAUGUCAAUGCGAAUGGCUUUAACCGGAGCUACGCUGGGAAGAACGCUACGGCAUAUGGAAAGGGAACCUAUUUUGCUGUCAAUGCCAACUACUCUGCCCAAGAUACAUACUCCAGACCAGAUGCACAGGGGCAAAAGCACAUGUACUACGUGCGAGUACUUACCGGGGUCUCCACCGUUGGACACUCCUCAUACCUCGUGCCUCCUCCAAAGAACCCUCAAAAUGUCGCUGACCUCUACGAUACUGUCACCGAUAAUGUGGCAAAUCCAAGUCUGUAUGUGGUGUUUUAUGACUACCAGGCAUAUCCAGAAUACCUCAUAACAUUUAAGCAGUAACAUCUUGGAAUUCCUUUCUCAAAGACAUUAUUUGGGCCUGACGAGUUUGCCUGGUGGCUAAAUCCUCACCUUGCAUGUGGCAGGACCCCAUAUGGGCACUAGUUUGUGUCCUGGCUGCUCCACUUCCCAUCCAGUGCCCUG